AUAUCACAAAGAAGUAGGUUAUUUUUGGAAUAAGGAAUUGCAACACAUGCGAAUUCCCAAACGUGUCAAGACAGCUUUUUUCAUCAACUAUGAACCUCAAGAAGAUGCAGCCUUUUUUACACACCGGCUGCAUAGCCAUAUGACAGCUUUUGCAAUGAGAGGUUCGUUCUCAACAUGUUUUUUCCGGAUUACAUGUGGAGAGAGGCGCUUCGUGAGAGGAAGACCUUGCUGGUGAAAUUACUUUAGAUUUUUGUGAGAGAAUAUCGCUUUGUUCAAUGGCUCCGGCUUUAAGGUUGACUAAACGUAAGGAUGCCAGCCCCUGGCCAAGGAUGUCUUCAACUUUCUGGACUGUAAUACUGUUGACCAGUCUCCUAAUCAUCUACUGCGGUCAACUGGCGGCAGGGACAUGUGAGAUUGUGAUGCUGGACAGGGACAGCAGUCAGCCCAGACGGACCAUCGCCAGACAGACUGCACGGUGCGCCUGUAAGAAGGGACAGAUCGCUGGGACGACAAGAGCCAUGCCAGCCUGUGUGGACGCUAGUAUCGUUCGGACGAAACAGUGGUGUGAGAUGGUCCCAUGUUUGGAAGAUGAGGGCUGUGACCUGUUAAUCAAUAAAUCUGGAUGGACUUGUACACAACCAGGAGGCAGAGUCAAAACCACUACAGCUCUAUGACGUGACUGGAGUCCCUGUGGAUCCUCCAUUCCUCUGACAGUACCAUGGCAGAGGAGAGCAUUGAUGACCCUGACAGACAGCCUCAUCCCACACCACCAAUCACCACCACCAGUCCAUGAACACAAACAACCAAUUCUAAACCAUACUGGACAUUAUCCACAAAGCAAGGUCUCUUAAACACAGUCAACCAUGGCCAAUACCGGAGGGUUUGAGGGAACUUUGGGGAAAUCGAGAGUGAGGUCUCAUCUUUGACUCUGGAGAAGUUUCCUUGUGCCCUGCCUCCUGGCUCUACCCGUCUACGGCUCUGACCAACCAAUGACCAUCCGCUGUAGAUAACCCACUGUCUGUCAUUGGAUCAACAUGUCCCGUCUGCCUGCUCCUAUUACUGUCCAUCUGCUUUGUAAAUGAGCAGAAUCCUCUAAUGCCAAGGAGGUCAGGUGUCCAGCAGCGCCUUGUCCAGAGAGGGAGAGAGUGGUAACUAUGGAGCCAUUUUGGAUCGACUACUGUACUGUUCAGCUAAUGUCUGCUAAUUUUCAGACAGAGGACUUCCACUACUUCAACCUCACCUGCUUCUGUUAGACUGUAAUGGGAAAGUUACGUGGCCCAAAGAACAACAAUUAUUGUGAACCAGGCCCUAUCUGAAGUGUCUGACCUUGCGCCAGACUAUGGACUGGACCAAACGUUGGACUGGAUCUAUCCAGACUAUGGACCAGACUGGACCAGAUCCUACUGCUUGCCUUGUGCUCUGCUGUGAAUAGAACUUCUGCUGGAGUAGUACAACUUUGGCAGUCUUCAUAUUUUUAUAGACCAAAGAGGAAAAAAUAACAGUUAAUUGUAAGACGAGAAAGACCAGAUUGGGAAAGAGAAAUGGAUACUUGUUUUUCUUGCUACAACACAAUGACUGCCCUCAUAGCUGUAGAUGUUGGGCUUUAUGUCAUUUCGAACAUAGACUAUAGUCUAGUGGGACACGUAUACAAUCAAAGGAGUUACCUUUAAAAACAUUUUUUUCUCUGACUAAACCCACCACUGUAUUUUGAAACUGAAGAUAUAGGUAAACAUAUGUGUAUAAAAAAAUCUGAUUUGCAUUUUUCAUUUUUCAUUAGCUACAAAUUGGGACACGUUGCAAUAAGCAUGAUUGGUAAAACCUUAAAAGAGUAAAACUACUGAUCAUCACUGAGGCAAAAAAGAGAAUAUUGAAACUGUCAUUUCUGAUUGCGGCUGAAAGGCAAAUUUCAUUAAAUGUAUUUUGAAAGGCAUAAAGCGUAUAUAUUUAACAGUUUUAUAUGUUGUACCUUUGUAGAGAACCUUAUUUGACAUGAAUAAUGUGGUCACAAAAUGGCAGCCAUAGAACGUGAAAAACAAGCUCUCUGACGCUGGUUUGUCCUGCUCUCUUUCUGUUCUCAUGACAAACUUCUCUCCUCAUACCUCUAAUCUCCCAAUCUAUCAAUCACGGAUAAAGGAAAGAAAUGCACUUGAGUUCACUCAGAAUGUUUUAAAUAUUUAAUGGUAAUAUUUUACAGAUGUUUGUGAGAGUCUUGCUGUGUAUGGUUUUAAUGUGGUUAACAACUGACACAGCAUAUACAAUCUGACUGUACCCUCAAUGCUGUUUCCCUUUGUCUGCAAUUGAUUGAAUUCCAGCAUGAGAGUCACUAUCUAUCAAAAACGUGAAAAAUUACAUUACAACAUGAAUUGAGCUAAUCACAGACAGAGAUUUUGUCACUUUAGUUAAUGAGCAGCCUUUGGAGCUUGCUGAUUGCUGAUGUAUUGUAUUGUAAAAGGUGUGGAAUACUGACUCAUUUCUCUAUAAUGUCACAUUUUAUUUGUGUGCUUGUGUUUGAUGCACAAUGCUGAUCUCCAGUCCUGAGUGAUGAAAAUGAUGAUGACACGUGAAGAAGGGAGGCAUUGCGGAAAAAGCUUUAGAAUAAUUUACAUACUUGUUUUAUCAUUAAAUAUUUGAAGAAUAAAUACAUGAAAUAACCAUCACUAGCUAAUAUAGACACUUUGAUAUUCAAAGUCAUCCAAUUUAUUCAAGUAAGAUUUAUCAUAUCUUAUUUUGUAUUACGUUUAUUUAAUUGUUCUGUCCUAUAUGCCAAAAACUGACAGCCUGAAAUAGUUUUUUUCUUCUAGACCAUAUACUUUACAGUGUCUAAUUGUCAACAUGUAAGUUCCUCAUACAUAUCUAAUAGGUAAACACCUGAUAUACAUAAGUAAACCAAAUCAAAUUAUUUAUAGACAGUCACGCGCUGGUAUUUGAUUACAAUAACAUAUGAAUAUGAAUGUAUUGAUGCAGAGUUGAUAAAGGCAUUUGCUCAGAGUGACAAUUAGGACUGAAAUAAUAGAAGUUGACUGACUCAAUAUGUGUAUGCUGCUGGCUGUAUGUAUUCUGGUGGAAGGGAUUCCACAGUUAUACAAGAAAAUACAGUACAUAUGCAGAAUAGUACACCUGGUCAAUAUUUAAUGACCUUCAAGAUUAUGAUGUUGAAGAAUUUACAAAGGGUUACCCUGUAAAGGGCUACGGAUCUAAUGCAAGUGAAAACACGCUGUCCAUGGGGCUCUGAUUCCAUGAAAGACACAAAUCCAAGCCUUCAUAGAGGCUUCAAAGGUCUUGUGUUGGGCUCUGAUUGAAGGCCUACACCUUCCAGAUUAACCCCCAACUUGUCCGGAUUCACUUCGGUUCAGAUUCAGAUGCUGAACUUCUCUUAUCCACACUUGGCUCUCUGCUGUUCAGUCCAACUGACUGACUUUCAUUAACUGACUGACUGGGACCAGUCCGACUAGCUGGCUGGCUGGCUGACUGACUGACUGACGUUCCUUCCUAAUCCCAACUGACUGGAUCAGCCUGUUCCACCAACACCAGCUGGAGAUUAUUAAUACAGUUGUUGUUGACUAAGAAGUUUUCUAAAGAUGCAAAUGAGAAGUGACUUUCCUGAAAGUGUGUGUGUGUGUGUGUGUGUGUGUGUGUGUGUGUGUGUGUGUGUGUGUGUGUGUGUGUGUGUGUGUGUGUGUGUGUGUGUGUGUGUGUGUGUGUGUGUGUGUGUGUGUGUGUGUGUGUGUGUGUGUGUGUGUGUGUGUGAUGUGCCAGUGUAGCCUGCUAUUGUCAAGACGGUUAUAAAUAUUUAAUUACAUCUGAUUGAAUUUCAAUAAUCUCUCCCGUAUCCUUGAGGUUCGGUGUGAUGUUCGGAGGAGUCGUGUCUCAUAACAGUUUUAAUUUGAUUAGAGCAAAGUACAAUGAGGAGUUUCUCCUAGAGCUAUAUGGUACAUGUAGGUACAAAAGAGAGCUUGUGAUAAUGUCUUUCCCCAUGGAGAAAGAAGCAGUGGGUGAAGUGGGUGACAUACAACUUGGAGAAUGUUACUGUGGGUGUAUAUCUGUCUGUGUAAAACUCUUUCUCGCUUUCCUAUACAGUAGCAUGCGAAAAUAUUCACCCCCCCUUGGAAUUUUUCCUAUUUUGUUGCCUUACAAACUGGAAUUAAAAUGAAUUUUUGGAGGGGUUUGUAUCAUUUGAUUUACACAACAUGCCUACCACUUUGAAGAUGCUUUUUUUUUUUAAAUUGUGAAACAAACGAGAAAUAAGACAAAAACAAAAAAACAGAACUUGAAAUGAUUAACUAUUCACCCUCCCAAAGUCAACACAUUGUAGAGCCACCUUUUGCAGCAAUUACAGCUUCACGUAUCUUGGGGUAUGUUUCUAUCAGCUUGGCACAUCUAGCCACUAGGAUUUUUGUCUCAUUCUUCAAGGCAAAACUGCUCCAGCUGGAUUGGUUCUGCUAGUUUACAGCAAUCUUUAAGUCAUACCACAGAUUCUCAAUUGGAUUGAGGUCUGGGCUUUGACCAGGCCAUUACAAGACAUUUAAAUGUUCCCCUUAAAACACUCAAGUGUGGCUUUAGCAGUAUGCUUAGGUCAUUGUCCUGCUAGAAGGUGAACCUCUGUCCCAGUCUCAAACCUCUGGAAGACUGAAACAGGUUUCCCUCAAGAAUUUCCCUAUAUUUAGCUCCAUCCAUCAUUCCUUCAAUUCUGACCAGUUUCCCAGUCCCUGCCAAUGGAAAAACAUCCCCACCGCAUGAUGCUGCCACCACCAUGCUUCACUGUGGGGAUGAUGUUUUCUGGGUGAAGCUAGGUGUUGUGUUUGCGCCAGACAUAGUGUUUUCCUUGAUGGACAAAAAGCUCAAUUUUAGUCUCAUCUGACCAGAGUACCUUCUUCCAUAUAUAUUGAGGAGUCUCCCAGAUGCCUUUUGGUUAACACCAAAUGUUCAACAUUUUGGAUAAUUUUUUAUAACCCAACCCUGAUCUGUUCUUCUCCACAACUUUGUCCCUGACCUGUUUGGGGAGCUCCUUGGUCUUGAUGGUGCCCCUUGCUUAGUGGUGUUGCAGACUCUGGUGCCUUUCAGAACAGGUGUACAUAUACUGAGAUCAUGUGACACUUGCACACAGGUGGACUUUAUUUUAAAUAAAAGUGAAAUAAAAAAUGUAUAUAAUUUAAGUCGAAGUUUACAUACACU